AUGUCCUCCAUGCUGGACGCCUAUACGAGAGGCGGUCGAUCUAGGAAACAGGCGGACAAGCACAAGACCGGCAAAUCCAAGUCGAGCUCGAGCAGCCCGCCCGUCGGCUUCCUGUUUGUGGUCAAUAAGCUGGACUUCUACCGGGGGGAAACUUGUGAUAUUAAUAGAGACACCUGGCACAACACCUUGCCACCGCGCAACUGCUUGGGAUACGAGGGCGAAUCUCCCAGUCGCGUCAUGCGGUACGAGGGCGGCCAGGUCACCGAGGCAUGCGGCUACCAGUGGUAUCGGCCAAUGCUGCGACAGGAGGGCUAUUGCCUCGACCCGACCCUCGCGCCCGUCGAGCGCCACAGCCACGCGGCCGUCUUCUCGUGCAACCCGCACCUGCCCGUCGUCGUGAUCCCCGAGGACCCGACGACGCUGCCCGACCAGGAGCAGACGAUGCACGCGCUGCACUUUUUCCACCCGCUGGCGCCGGGUCUCAAGGGCGUGUCGCAGGCCACGACGGUCGACGCCAACUACCUGCCGACGGGGGGCGGGCCCCUCAAGUACGUGGCCGGGCGCAACCCGAGCUGGAUGCCCGGGCUGGUGCCGCAGACGUACGCCUACCCGGGGUCCGGCGGCCCGCCGUCGCGCGGGCUCGGCGGCCACUUACCCAUUGUGCUGGGCCUCAUGGCGUUCAGUGGCCCGCCGGACCAGGUGUACAUGAGCCGCAGCGAGUCGGGGCAUCGCGGGUUCUGGCGCGAUGGCGUCUGGACGCACAACUCGCCCCCGGCUCUAUAUCCAAAGACCGACGGCAGCCCCCGCGGCUUCUAUGUCGCCGUCUUCUACGACCCGGAGAACCCGGACGGCUCGAUGCCCGAGCGCAUCCGAAGCUUCGAGUGGGACAGCCCCGUGGUCGGCGAGUAUCCGCCGGGCUCCUCCUCCUCCUCCUCCGCCGGCGCCUCGUCGUCGCGGAGAUGA